AUGUCGUCUGCAACACGGAGUCCCUUCUCGAUGACAUGCUGCCUUCGGGCGCUGUUGGAGGAUGUUAGUUUCACAAAUAGAUCGCUGAAGAUGGCUUCUACACGGCCUAGGAUGCUGUCAUCCUACCAACAGAUCCGGUCAUUCACUGUAACUCCUCGACAGAUGCAGGAUAAGGCUGACGACGUCGAUGUCGACGGUGAGAUGGGCUCUCAAACAAUCACCGACAAAUACAAUAAAAUCGUAAAACGAGAUGGUCCAGAUGAUGUGUUCGAGCUUCCCCCUCGUUCUCGGGUCGUCCCCGUUUCUCCCUCGUAUUUCACUGGAAAUUCUGCAUUCUUCGACUCUUGGUUUGCUCUGAAAGAUCUGUUGUAUAAAUAUCAAACCCUUCCGACAAUACUUCCUAGCGAAGUAGCAAGAACGGCCUGGAAGUCACUCCAAGACUUUAGAAGCAUGGCUGGAGGAGUUGUGCAAGCGUCGAAAUAUAAGAAAGUGCGAGCGGUGCUCCAGCGUUUGAAUAGGAUCCAACCGGAUCUGAUGCCGGAGGAAGUCAAAGCGGUUCUUGAUACCUACAAACGUCCCGACUUUGCGGCAAUGCAGCGCAGGAGGCCAAAGAUUAUUGACAGGUUCGGGCGAGCUAGAGCCGCAGGACGAAGGAAAACUUCAAAUGCCGAAGCAUAUUUAGUUGAGGGUUCGGGUGGGUGUUUUGUCAACGGAAAGCCAUUGUUUGAAAUGUUUCCCCGGUUAGUCGACAGGGAAAGUAUUCUUUGGCCACUGAAAGUCACCAACCGUGUCGAUCGUUAUAACGUUUGGGCAUCUUCACGGGGAGGCGGGAUUUCUGGACAAGCCGGUGCCAUAACGCUCGCCGUUACCAAAGCGCUCCUUACACAUGAGCCACUCUUGAAGCCAGUGCUUAGAAGAGCCGGUGUUAUCACGAGGGAUCCCAGAACUGUUGAGAGAAAAAAGCACGGAAAGCGCAAAGCAAGGGAUAUGCCUGCUUGGGUUGCUCGUUGA